GCAUAUCAGGAGCAGUUGGCAAAGGCGUGUGGUAUUGCCAUUGACCAACGUAUCUUGGCAUUCAACAUUGAACCACCUGGUGUUGAGCGGCAAGAUCUGCGCACAACAUGGAAUCGUCCGCUUCGUGCUCCAAAUGUCAAGCUUGCAAAGCGUCGUAUACCCACUAUUGCAGAAAAAGUUCUUGAUGCUCCUGGUCUGAUUGAUGAUUUUUACCUUAGCUUGUUGGAUUGGUCUUCCAAAAAUCAACUUGCAAUUGCUCUUGACAAAACUGUGUACAUUUGGAACGCAGAUACAGGUAGUGUGCAAGAGUUUUGUCAAACCGCCGAUGAUAAUUUUAUUACAUCUUUACAAUGGACUGCCGAUGGCUCGUAUCUGGCAGUAGGCACUGAUAAUGGAGAUGCACAAAUAUGGGAUCUAGACUCUAACUCGAAAAUUCGAACAAUGCGCGGCCGUAACAGUCGUGUCGGUGUUUUGUCAUGGGACAAGCAUAUUCUUUCGUCUGGGUCUAGAGAUGGAAGCAUUUGGCACCACGAUGUUCGAAUUGCAAACCACAAAGUUGCUGAACUGUUGGGCCAUUCUUCAGAAGUAUGCGGACUGAAAUGGCGUCCAGAUGGUCAAAUGCUUGCAAGUGGGGGAAAUGACAAUCUGGUCAAUAUAUGGGAUAUUCGCUCCACUACCCCAAAAUUCACCAAAACUGAGCAUAUGGCAGCAGUGAAAGCUCUCGCCUGGUGUCCUUGGCAGCUCAAUCUUCUUGCAACGGGUGGAGGAACAUCUGACCAAAAUGUUCAUUUUUGGAACACUACAACCGCUGGUAAGAUAUCCACAAUCCAUGCUGGAUCACAAGUUACAUCCAUCAUUUGGUCGCGCGAAUACAAAGAACUCUUGACAUCCCAUGGGUUCCCAAACAAUCAUCUUUCAAUCUGGAGCUAUCCUUCUCUCAACAAAGUUGCUGAUUUGUCUGGCCACGAUUCUCGUGUACUUCACACUGCACUGAGUCCGGACGGACAGACUGUUGCAUCUACAGCCAGUGACGAGAACUUGAAGUUUUGGAAAGCUUUCGAGUCACGCAAA